AUGAGUGCUGAAGAAGCUACCACCCAAACCAAGGAAGUCCAAAAGGAGGAGGCCGAGAAGCCAGUAGAGGCCAAGGAAACAAAGGAUGAGGCUCCAAAGGAGGAAAAGAAGGAAGACAAGAAGACCGAUAAGAAGAAGGAAAAGAAGGAGAAGUCUGAGAAGAAGGAGAAGAAGGAAAAGUCCGAGAAGAAGGAGAAGAAGGAAGACAAGAAGGAAAAGAAGGAUAAGAAGGAGAAGAAGGACAAGAAGGAAGAUAAGAAGAAGGACGAAAAGAAGGAGAAGAAGUCCGACAAGAAGAAGGAAGAGAAGAAGGAGGAGAAGAAGUCCGACAAGAAGAAGGAAGAAAAGAAGGAGAAGAAGGAGAAGUCCGAGAAGAAGGAAAAGAAGGAGACCAAGAAGUCCGAAAAGAAGACUGAAAAGAAGACCGAGAAGAAGUCUACAAAGACAAAGGAAGGAAAGAAGACUGAGAAGAAGGAGGCUAAGAAGGUUUCCAAGACUACUGAGAAGGCUGAGAAGAAGUCAAAGAAGCCCCUCAUUGAGAAGGAUUCUAUCAAGGAGUUCAUUGUUGAGGCGAUCCUUACAAACGUCACAGAGGAAAAGAAGUGGGCAUCAGAGUCCAAGAUCAAAGAGUACGUCCUCAAGUAUUACAAUGGAAAGAUCCCACAAGGCCUCAUCAAGAACAACGUUAAGUCAGGCCUUGAGAAAUUAUUCAAGGAAGGACUCCUCAACAACAAGAAGAACUCAUACCAACUCUCUGCCAAGGGUAAGAAGCAAAUCGCCCCAGAAAGCGUUCCAAAGAGGAAGGAAGUUGCUCGCCCAACAAAGGCAGAACCAGCUGAAGAGAAGCCAGUCGUUAUUCAAGAAUACGUCAGCAGAUCUGGCCGCGUCUCAAAGAAGGUUCAGCAGUAA